CAAAAUGCAGAUGCGAAAUCUUCAGUUCUUGUCUAAGCCACUUCUGUGUAGGUCGUAUGCUGUCUUCAAUUCUGAACAGUUGCAACGCAGGAAAGUUGUACAAGACCCAGUCUUGCUCUGGUUGGGCUCAGUGGCCGCGUUGACGAGGCAGCUUCCAUUUCUAUCUAACUAAGAGUCGGCACUUACUUUUUGUUUUUCUAGACUCUAUCUAGCAGUGGCGAGGGGAUCUUGUUUCUUCCUCAGAAUUUGAAUUGAAUGCUAACAUGAUGACAAAACCCAAAGUACAACACAUAGCUGGACGAGCGAGUUUGUGGCGCGACGACUGGACCUGGUCCUGGUGAGGUGGCCCUCAAGUUCUCCUUCGGAAAAACUAGGCAGCUCUGGUUCGGAGAGCAGGGCGUCAGGGCUCAGGGACGCGGGUUUGGCUCCCUGGCAGGCACGGCAGGACUGCAUCUUUAUUAUCAUUCAAGGAUACGGAAGGAAUAGGAAAUGGUAAAGGAAUAGGUAAAGGAUGGACAUCAUGGUGGCAGGAGGAGUACGGCGGUUUGCUAAUGCUCGCGCGCACGGUCUGGCUAGGACUAGGAGGUCAGCGCAGAGCUUUUCCUUUUGACUUCUGACUUUUCUGCUUAUGAUUUCUUAUUUCUUCGCUAGGGGGUGGAAGCACUGUGGGUGCUGGCUAGGAUGACAGAGCUCGCAUUUCGCGGCUUCGGUGGUACAUACGGGCUAAGUUAGCGAAGGCUUCGGAGGCAGGCUACUCACCUUGUCACACAUUCAGUGGCAUACCUGGCACAAGGAACCAGAGGCUUUUUUAUCUACGGACAGGGCAGUCCCUGACGGCUGGCUGGUGCAGGGCUUACUUACUCUCUCGCAGGGCGUGAGGCUGCAGGAUUUACAUCGACUUAGGAAGGGGCCCGCAUGGUAAGGCAUUAAGCAAACACGCUUCGAAGGUAGGGCCAGGGACAAGAAUCAGGGAACAGGCAGGCUGCAGAGAUAAGGAGAAGGACAGGACCUGCUGUGGGGCAUGACGGCUGAGUCCGUGGCUAUUUUUGGUGGCGUCGAAUUCAUGGCGGAGGGAAGUUGCUUUGGGGCACCAGGGCGCUACUAGGAAGUUCGAAUGAGACGGGUUAGGACAGCCCGGUAGCUCCGUUGAUUGUUUACUCCAGGCACGGACGACGCGGAUAUCGCAGCAAGGUUUCGCUCAGUCAGCUGCCUGUUGUAUUGAGCAGGACCCGAGGGCUCUUGCCAUGAGGUUCCUCGCUGCUAGGGGGUCUACCUUUCCCGGGUCAGGAGGGGGCCGCGUGCCAUUUUUUUGCGCGGCGCAAGUUCGUUGUACUUUUAGGGGCUGUUGUAUGCCUCGGAUUCCAAGUCGAAGUCCAGGGCGCCUUGGCGGCUCUUAGGUUGUGGUGCGCCACAGUCUCCUGUUGAUAGGUUUGCUCGGAUAUCUCCUUUACUGCGUUCGGCAGGCUGCACUACCCUCUGGCUUCCGGGUGUGUUAUUCCGGCUAUGAUUUGGGUAAGGUCUCUUUCGCAUUUUUGGGCGGCGGCUUUGGCGAUCUUCUCCGCGGUACUUGUCCGUGUUUGUCACUCGGGAUGCUACGUUCGUCACUAGCUCGGGUCUGAGUCCAUUUCCACUUCCGUCGUGUUGCACUAAUGUCUCCGAAAGGCUUCGGAGGUCGCGCUGCUCCCUGUUGGUCUGCUUCCUCACUUAGGGGGUCAAUUUCGGGUCGAUCGGCGUCGUUGGGCCCUGGGUAAUAUGGGCAAGUCGGCUUUAGUCCCUUCACUUUUAUCGGAACUGGGGGCCUACCGGGUUUACGGCGAGCGCCAGGAGGUGCGCGCGGGUGCCACUUGUUCAAGUGGUCUAUCAUGUGCCGGGAUGUAGGCCUUGUCUGGGGGUGUAGUUGUUCUCUCUCACCGUGCCAUCCCUUGUUUAUUUUUGGAACCCCAAGGCACGGUGGUCAGCGGUGCUACGGCUUACAGGUUGAGGUAUGGACCCGUGUAGGACGUCAGCGUCCUGGCUCAGUUUGCUGUUUGAAACAUGGCCGGGCCGUUGAGCUAUGAGUGCGGCGCGCUGGUUAUUCAAAUUGGUUCCGCCUUUGCAAUUCUUGUCCAGCACCACCAGGAAUGGGUUUUUGCGGGCUACCGGGACUUGGGGCGCGACUCGUUAGCUAUAGGCUGCUACGCCGAUGGCCUUCAGGGUGCUCGAGGUUGCGUCUUUGACGGUUUUGUAUCGAACGGUUGAGGCGCUUUUGUUGCUUUUGGCCUUGGAGGAUGAGGGCUAGCAGAUCCCUGGUAAGCUAAUGCACGGCGGCACGACUGGACCCGCAUUCGAGGCGGGGGUCGUGCCAUGGUUCUUAAUUUUCUUUCGAUCCCGCCCACCCACCCGGUGCGCUGUUUCCUCGUGCCCACGUGGUUUUCGUGGUGACAGAGGAUACAUCUUGGGAGGGGCCUUGAGACAUCCCUGGCGACUGUCUCUACGGUGAGGGACCGAGACGCCCUUGCCCUCUCUCCUCCGAUCACGCCAUAGGGCGUGUCGGGUGGCUGGUCAAGUUCGAUAGGACGAUAGGAACGAAGCGAAAUUGAAUGCUAACAUGAUGACAAAACCCAAAGUACAACACAUAGCUGGACGAGCAUAUGAUAGCUACUGCUAGCUGACACAAUACAAUAGUUUUGGUCUGCCUCAUAUGAGCUAGCUGCUAGGCCGGGGGGGCGGCCUGGUUUUAAGUUAAGCCACCUGUGCUCGGCUGCGUGUGGGCCCUCUGUGCCGGCGAUUGGGGUAGGUCGUGAGUGGGACCUGUAUUCUAGAGCGCUGGCCGACGCCCCUCCCCCGGCUAGUGCGGUAGCUCGGGCAGAGGGGGAGGGCGCACCCGCGCCAGACCCCGGCGGCAGGCGCAGCAGUAGGUAGGUCGGGCAGGUGAUGCUAGUGCAGCACCUGCCCUCCCUGGUCGCCGGGCAGGUGUAACACUUGCCCGGACCGGAGGGAUCAGGGCAGUGUGGUGGCGCGGAUCAGCCGCGCCACCACACAACGACAGCAAUAGGUGGACCGGGGAGACCGCCUAGCCCUGAUUUGCGCAGGCGGCCGACACACCUCAGGAGGCAGGCCGGGCAACCCAACACUGGCUCCCGCCGGCCCGCCACUAUCCUGGUAGGUAGGUCGGGCACUUGGCCUAGCUGGCACCGGUCGGGGCCAGCUACGGGCCGUCGGAGCCAGGCCCGGAAGGCCGGGCUUGUUUUCUGAUCGCCGCCAGCGACGCACAGCCCAGACCCGCCGUCUGGUAGGUAGGUCAGGUAGGGCGCGGCCGCGGAACUCGAAGCGCCGCCAGCUCCACCAGCCAGAGGGCGGGGGUAGGUAGGUCGGGCGCGUUGCAGUCCCCCGGCCCGGGCCACUUGCAGUCAGCGGCACAUGGUAGGUAGGUCGGGUAGAUGGGUCGGGGACCUAUGACCCCCGCCAGCCACAGAGGUCAAAAGGCAACCGGGUGGAGUAGGUAGGUAGGGCUAGUGCGGAAAUUUUUUGGCUUCUGUUGGGCGCCUCUAGCUGGCAUCAGCCCGCCCUACCUACUGCACGGCAUUGCCUGCAUGUAGUUGGCGCCAGUCGGAAGCGAAGCCUCGACCUUCCCGACCUAAAUGCACAUAAGUAGGUAGGUCGAGUAGAUCCGGGAAUGUUGCCUAGCGGCAGGCAAGGGCCGCGCUCCAUAGUAGGUAGGUCGGGCGGGUCGGGGAUCUCUCAUCUGCGCCACCCGCAUACACAGCGACUACUAGUCGCUGGCAGUAGGUAGGUAGGGCAGAUCGGAGAUCAUCUCUGACCCGCGCGAGCUAGCGGCGCCGGGCGGAAGUAGGUAGGUAGGGCACGUCGGGACUUGUUGAAAGGGAAGGAACCUGCUAAGAGAUAGGGCGGGCCGUAGGUAGGUAGAUGGGCGCCCUGUGAUCCGCACCAGCUACGGAAGCUAGUCACUAGUAGGUAGGUAGGGCGGCUCGAGACCUAUGCUCUGUGGCAGCUCGGCCGAUAGUAGAAGGUAGGUCGGGUAGCUCGCCUCGCGCUGAGACGUGCAUGACUGUGGCCGACCCGAUGACGGUAGGUAGGUAGGAGGGUAAAGUCACGGGAGGAAAGACACUACGACCACGCUCGAGGUAGCUAACGCCAAUGCCAUCUAGUUCACAGCAUCGCCGUACUUAACUACCUACCGACCUACCGAAAAGGGCCUGCCGGGUCUGGCCUAUUGCUAACAUGAUGACAAAACCCAAAGUACAACACAUAGCUGGACGAGCGAGUGCGACACGUAGCUGGCUACCUUUGAGCCCUGCGGCCGCCAUCCCGUUGCCCCGCACGCCGACAACACUCGCCGCCCCUCUGGGGUUAAGGAAAAGGCAAAAAAACACGAGCGCGGUAAGCUCUGGAGAGGGUUUGCCUGCGAUGAGGUAACUGCCUUCGCAAUAUUGCGCUGGCAAAUGCAAAG